ACUCAAAAACCUUAAAAGAAAAUCUACAAAUCAAAUUAAGCAAAUAGAAAGAGAUUAUGGCCACCAAGGAAGGAUUCAUCAUGUUGGCGAUCUUUGCAUUGGUUGUGAUGGCUUAUUCCAACUCUGGCGAGCCACUAUCCAAGUGUACCAGAAAAUGUAUGCCAGUAUGUCUGAAAGUGGAUGGUGCCACCAUGGAUACUUGUGAGCUGGUUUGCACAAGUUACUGCAAUCAUGUAGCAGAAAGCAGCAUGGAAAAAAGAAGAGCAGUGUGGGAUUGGACUAAUUCACUCAGACACUAACUAUGAGUCUAUGACCAAAUUCUGGAUCAAAUCCAAUCAAGACCUGAUUUUGGAUUUUUAUUUCCCUUUCUCAUCUUCUUGUCUCAAUUGCAAUAUUAACCCCUUUCUUUGGUGUUCCAAGUGGGAUGUAGAUUCUGAAAACACCAGAAAAAUGCUCAUUUGUAAUUCUCUUAUAACCAGAAUUAAUAUUUUUCUAUAUU